GCGUCGCGCACGUGAUUGCCGUGAAUGGAACGACCAGGAGCUGCGCCGUCGCAACGUCCUGACUGGGGAGGCGACCAAGGAGGCUCCUCCGAGCAUGGGUCCUUCAACGCCUGGCCCGAAGCGAUUCGAAAGACUCAGGCGCCUGAAUCUUCCGAUUGCAGCCUUUUGCGCCGCUGUCACGGGGAUGGUGCCUCUCGGUCUGAUGGCCCUCUUGCUCUUCUCGGAUGUUGCCGAAGGACCACCGGCCGUCUCUGUGCCCACUGCAUCGCAAACUCUCGAUUCGAGUUUCGCCGGUGCAGCACAGCUUGCAGAACUUCGCCUUUCCAUGGAGACGCUGCGACAGGAAAUGCGACGCCAGGAUCCUGCCGUGGCAUCACGCCUGUCGAUGUUGGAAGAGGCCAUAGCCGGGGAUGCCGGAGCCGCGUCCUCCUCGGUGGCUUCUGCCGCGGCAGACGCUGCACGGAAGUCUUCAGCAGAGGCUCGCGCGGCCGCAGAGCGCGCUGCAGCGCUGGCUGCUGCAGUGGGAGAACGCAGCGGUACCUCGGAUCCCACAGCUGAUGCCAUCGCUGGUCUUGGUGUGGACUGGGCGGCGUGGAGCGCAGGCGCCGACAUUGACCGAAGCCAGAGCUCCGGCGGCCUGGGGCGGAGCUUGCUGGGACGCCUUGGCAGAGUUCUUGCCACAUUGGUUCCCGUGACAAGAACGUUCCUUGGCGCCGCAUCCCAUUCGCCGGAGGUCGUCCUGACCUGGGAGACGGGGCCCCCAUCGAGGUGCUUCGCGUUGGAUUUGCCGCGGGGCUCGCUUGCCAUCCGCUUCUCUCGAGAUAUUCGUCCCAGCCAUGUGGUGACUGUUGUUUGCUCAUUUGUCGCUAUGCUGCGUGCCGCGCUGCUCGUCCUUGGCUGCUUUGGUGGCUAUGCAGUUCGCCCUGCAGAGGCAGUUCGCGCGACGAACAACAUGACGGAAGAUUCGCAAGGAAUGGAGGAGCGAGUGCGAAAGCUUCUUUGCAACUACGGCUUCGCUUACAACUUGCCGAACUUGCCCGAAGGGAUCACGCUGGACCCGUUGCCCCAUCCUUGCUGCGAGCAAAGCAAGUGCGCUGCCAUCAACAAGAGUCCCAACUGCACAGUGCAGUGUCACGUGGCCUUCCGACCACCGCCAGAGGGUGUUGGGGUCGACAUGUUCCUGCCGAGGGAGUGUGCAGAGCCCACGACCGCCAUCAAGCCAUAUGUCAAGCCGAACCGUAGGAAGCCGUUCGAAGUCUACUUCGGCGAGCCCAACGAGAAGGUGUUGGCCUUUCAAGGGAAGCGCUUGGACAUCGGUGACAAAGAUCUGGUGGUUUCUCGGCAGGAGCUGGCAGCCACCUGCGUGGCUGAAUCGAAGUUCGGUAUACAAGUCUCCCGAAGCAAACUGGCGUUGCGGAUGGCGCGCGAAGACUGGUCGUUGUUAAAGGCAGAUGGCCUACUGGACUCUCAUGGCAAGAAGCUGGAGGUCAAGAAGAUUAUCUUGGUCGACACCAUGGCUCCGAGUAGCCGUAUCGGUGUCAAUGCUGACGAGAAGGUUCAGCUGGAGAGCACGGACAUCACCUACCCGACUCAAUGCUGUGCGCUGGUCGGCAAGGUACCGACCGCCCACGCGCUGUCCCUCUUCCAUCUUGCCGGUGUCAUGAGCGGCGCGGCAGAGAAGGACUUCGACCUUGGCCUCCGAGUGAACCUGGACGGUACCAGGCACCUCCUGGAUGCAUGCAGGGCACGGACGCAGGGAGGUGCAGCACCCGCCAAGUUCAUCUUUACUUCUUCGCUGGCCGUCUUUGGCGAGACAUACGGAGAACAAGGACGAGCCAUAGGUGACACGGACAAGAUCGUCCCAAAGAAUACUUAUGGCAUGACCAAGGCGGUGUGCGAACUAUUGGUGAACGACUAUACCAGGAAGAGCUUCAUAGACGGUCGCACGGCAAGGCUCCCCACCGUCAUCGUGCGACCUGGCCGGCCCAACGCUGCAACGACCAGUUGCUUCUCAGGAGUCGUGAGAGAGCCGCUCCAUGGUGAGGAUGCAGUGCUCCCUGUGGCAAGGACGCUGCCCCACUCUGUGACAAGCACGCGAGCACUGAUCUCCAACCUUGUAAUUCUUCAUGAUGCUGAUUGGCCACAGACAUUGACAGACCGCUCAGCAAAUCUGCCUUCCAGGCCAUGCACGCUGCAGCAGCUGAUUGAUGCGCUCUACGAGGUUGUGCCUGAGGACGAGCAUACCAAGCUGGGAAAGAUCGUCGACAAGGAGGACACCUUCCUCAGCCGCGUGGUGGGCAGCAUGGGCUCCAACCUCUCUUACGAGCGUGCGCGG